CACACCGAGGGUGUUCAGUGUUGGAUCCAGGCCAUGAGAUGCCACCGCACCCGCUGCAAUUCCGGGUCGAGCACACCGGAGUGCCACCGAGCGACGCCGAAGGGGUGCGGGCGCGUCCCGCCCGGUUCCUGCCCUCGUCCCGCCCCUUCCCCCGGAUGCGGGCCGGGAUGGCGCUGCCCACCCCGCGGUACGAGCACCUGGGACCGCGGGGGCCCUUUCGGGACGUGUACGAGCCGGCCGAGGACACCUUCCUGUUGCUCGAUGCGCUGGAGCGGGACGCGGACAGCCUGCGGGAGGCUCGAGUCGAGAUCUGCCUUGAAAUAGGAUCCGGAUCUGGUGUGGUUUCAACAUUUUUGGCUUCUUCCAUCCUUGGACCCAGUGCACUGUACAUAUGCACAGAUAUCAACCCCAUGGCAGCUUACUGUACCCGGGAGACGGCUCUGCUUAACAAUGUUCACCUGCAGCCUGUCAUCACUGACUUGGUCAAAGGAUUAUCCCCAAGAUUAAAUGGGAAGGUUGAUCUACUGCUGUUUAACCCACCAUAUGUGGUAACACCUUCUGAAGAGGUGAAAAGCUGUGGAAUAGAGGCAUCCUGGGCUGGGGGCAAACAGGGCAGAGAAGUAAUGGAUAGAGUUUUCCCAUUAGUACCAGACUUGCUUUCGCCAGGAGGAUUAUUCUACUUGGUCACAAUUAAAGAAAAUAAUCCAGAUGAAAUUCUGGAAACAAUGAAGAAAAGUGGCUUAAAAGGCACACGAGUGCUUUCCAGGCAAGCAGGACAAGAGAUGCUGACAAUCCUCAGAUUUAGGAAAUCUUGAUGACUUCUCUUCACCUGCCAGGUAGUAGGCAUGAAGAAAACUGAACACAGAGUUGUCAGUUGGUAAACACUGAAGUGAAUGCAAUCUGCCCUCUGUUAAUGGCAGGAACUUAUACAAGCAAAACAUCAAGAAUGAAAUGAACCCAAAAACUGAACUAGGGAACAAAACAUCAAUGGGUUCAUAAUGAUCUAAUGUCCUCUGCCAUAACCAAUGCCACAUACCAGAGAGUCUCACUUCUACAAGCCAUGCACAUGUAUCACUUUUAACUUGUAGUCUUCAGUUGUCAUUGGUCAGAACCAGGAUCAUUUUACACCAUCAGCAUUCACCACAAACUACAAGUUUACAAGCAGCAGUAUUAAGGCAUCCUUCUGUUGGCUUAAAAAGUUCUUUCCUCUCCCAGGAUCAGCGUUCUCAGCACGGAUCACUUUGGCCAUGAUUAAGGACCAGAGUCCUCCACGUCCUGCUGACCUUCAGAGAAGAAGAAAGAGCCUGGUUAAAACACACAGAUGCUCAGAGUUCAGCACAACAGCAUUUGGAGGAAGUUUGGAUCAGUGCACAGAUGGAAAUACAGUGGCACUUCAUACAAUGCAAAAUGUGAAGGCAGAGUUAGGAGUUGUUUCACUUGUUCUCACAUAGCUGUCAAAUAUUUUUACUACUCAGGGUACUGAACUUCUCAUCUCUUCCAACAUAUGUUCCAGCAGCAGAUAAGGAGGAUUCUCCAAUUCUUCAAUUCCAUGUAAUGAGCACAACAGUUCUGCAACUCAAUAAACAUCUUCCAUGAGCUUCAGAGACAGCUUAUCAAGGAAUGAUGGAAAAUUUUAUUUUAGUAAUUGUACGUAUUUAUAUUGCCAUUGGGAUUUUUUGAGGAAUGCAAUUUUGCAAAUAGAAAUUGAAUUUUAGUCCUUUUCCCCUUUUUCCCCCCCCAUUUUAAAGAAACACGAAUGUAGUUUUUCUGGUGUAUACUGGAGAGUUUUCUGGUGCCCUCAUUGUUUUGUCUGUGGAUACAAAGCUUAAAUAAGUUGGCUUCAACUCCCAGCUUACUUUUGACCAAAAUAAAAACCAAACAUAUUUAGAAGGGGUAAGAUGGAAGUACAUUAAGAAAAAAAAUUCCAUCAUGGUUCUGUAGAGACUGACUUGAAAGAAUUUUGUUUGUGUAAUGCUCCUAUAAACACUAUUUUGAUAUUUGUA